GACAUUUUGAGACAAUUCUGGGAAAUCGAAGAGAGUCCCAAGGCUGCAUCCAAUCUAUCCCCUCAGGAGCGUACAGUCAUACGUCAUUUUGAUGAGACUCACACUUUAAAUAAAGAUGGUAGAUUUGUUGUGCCUCUCCCCAAGAACCUUGACUCCAAACCCCUUGGAGAAUCCAGAAUGCAAGCUGUGCGAAGAUUCCUCUCUCUUGAACGAUCCCUCCGUGCCAAGAACCAAUUCAAAGAUUUUGCCACAGUCAUGGAGGAAUACAUGAAAUUAGGACACGCUGAAGUGGUACCAGACACAGACAGUCGAAAAUCAAGCAAUUGUGUGUUCUAUCUACCAAUGCAUGCUGUGCACAAAGAACAUAGCACCACUACAAAGAUUAGGGCCGUUUUUGAUGCAUCCGCCAAAUCUAGUACUGGAGUCUCCCUAAAUGAUACAUUGUUAGUUGGACCAACUGUACAUCCACCGUUGAUUGAUGUAUUACUACAAUUUGGCUUCCAUAGAAUUGCUCUCACGGCCGAUGUGAGCAAAAUGUACAGAGCGGUCGAGCUAACACAAUCUGAUCGUGAUCUCCACCGAUUUGUAUGGCGAAGCACACCUACCGACAAUUUGACAGACUACAGAAUGACAAGAGUCACGUUUGGUGUGUCUGCUUCAUCCUUUGCUGCCAACAUGUCCGUUAAGCAGAACGCUCUCAACCAUGCUACAGAAUACCCCCAGGCCGCAAGAAUUGUUGAAACGUCUUUCUAUGUAGACGACUGCCUCUCGGGAGCUGACUCUGCUGAGGAAGCAGUUAUUCUUCAGCGGCAACUACACAAUCUGUUUACCAAGGGAGGAUUUCUUCUCAGAAAGUGGGACUCGAAUGAUGCAACGGUAUUGGACAGUAUAUCUUCUGAGCUCAGGGAUAGUCAAUCAUCACACUUGCUUCCCACUGACGACGAGUACAAGAAGACCCUUGGUAUCGAGUGGAAUGCAAGUAAAGAUCACUUUCGACUAACUGUGGCCGAUCAACCUCCAAUUGAGACUCUAACCAAACGGGGUCUAGCCUCUGAUGUUGCUAAGACAUAUGACGUGCUCGGGUGGUUUUCUCCUGCUACCAUCAAGAUGAAGAUCUUACUCCAGAAGUUGUGGGAAGAAGGACUCGAAUGGGAUGAUCCAGUUCCUUCAAGUAUCAAGGAUGUAUGGUGCAAGUGGAGAUCCGAACUACCUGAACUUUCCCACAAGUAUAUCCCUCGCUGCUACUUUGACGUAGCCUAUCACAUCUCAUCGAUCCAACUUCACGGGUUCUCCGAUGCCUCAGAAUCCGCAUAUUCUGCUGUUGUGUACCUGCGUCUAACGAACACAUCAAAUUCCAGUCAAAUCUCACUAGUCAUGUCUAAAACCAAAGUGGCACCAAUCAAGUGUCUGUCGAUUCCACGGCUUGAAUUGUGUGGUGCACACUUACUCUCUCAAUUGCUGAGUCAUGUGAAGAAGGUAUUUGACAUUCCCCUUUCCAGCAUACAUGCCUGGACAGAUAGCACGGUGGUACUAAAUUGGCUGGAUGGAAGCCCAAAGCGUUUCAAAACAUACGUGGGAAACCGAAUCUCUGCAAUUCUUGACCUGAUUCCGCCAGACAAGUGGAGACAUGUGAGUGGACUAGAGAAUCCAGCCGACUGUGCCUCUAGAGGUCUCUAUCCCACUGAGUUACUAGACUACGAGCUCUGGUGGAAUGGUCCUGACUGGUUGAAGAAAUCUUCCAUCGAAUGGCCUAAGAAAAAUAUGAUCAAGCCCAAUACCCCAUCUGACGAAGAAAAGGAGAUUUCAUUGCUGGUAGUGGCAGAGUCUGACCAUUUGCCAGUAAUCCCUUUGGAACGAUUCUCGAAUUUUAACCACUUCAAACGUGUCACUUGCUAAAUCAAUCGUCUCGUGUACAAUUCCAAAAGGAAAAGGAAAGACAGGAUCCUGUCUAGCUGUUUGACCACCCUUGAACUCCAGCAAGCGGAGUUGUUCAAUUGAUUCACUUCAAAUCCGAGAUUGAAAACCUGAGCAGCAACCAUCCACUGCCCAACUCAAGCUCACUCAUCUCUCGAAACCCAUUCCUUGAUGAUAACAAGUUGCUUCGAGUCGGAGGCAGACAGCAACUAUCUCAAUCGUCUUAUGAAUCCAAGCACCCUCUGAUUCUGCAUGGAAGUCACAAGCUGACACGUGUGAUCAUAUUCACAGAGCAUAUUCGAUUGUUGCACGCUGGUCCAACACUGCUUGCCAGCUCUCUGAACAGACGGUAUCAUAUAAUUGGUGGAUACAAGGUCAUUCGCUCUGUCACAAGGAAAUGUGUCACUUGUCGAAAGUAUUCAGCCAAGCCCCUACCACAGAUGUUGGGACAGCUGCCACCGGAAAGAAUCACUCCUGGAUCUGUUUUCGACAAAGUAGGCAUCGACUAUGCCGGUCCAGUGCUGAUCAAGUAUGGUUAUGUCCGGAAACCAACUAUCGUAAAGGCAUACAUUUGUGUUUUUGUAUCGCUAUCGGUAAAGGCAGUUCACUUGGAAUUGGUGACCGAUCUGACAACGGACGCGUUCAUCGCUUGCCUAAGAAGGUUCAUCGCUAGACGUGGUCUACCUACACUCAUUUGGAGCGACAAUGGCACCAACUUUGUUGGCGCAUCUAGGCAGCUAUCAGAUGUCUACAAAUUCCUUGAAACGCAAGCGAAUCACCAAAACAUCAGUGGUCAUCUUGCUAGUCAAAAUAUAGAAUGGCGGUUCAUACCGCAACGUGCUCCACACUUUGGAGGUUUAUGGGAAGCUGCAGUAAAGAGUGUCAAGACCCACCUGCGCAAGAUCUUAGGUGAAGUCAAGAUGACGUAUGAGGAAAUGUCCACAGUCCUGUGCCAGAUUGAUUCUACCCUCAAUAGUCGACCGCUGACACCCCUGCACAACAAUGAUGAUGGCAUUGAGGCUCUCACCCCGGGACACUUCCUCAUCAAUAGACCACUCAAGGCACUACCUGAUGUCUCAUCUAUAGCUCCUCGUCCACUCUCACUCUUGAAGCGAUGGCAAUGUUGUCAAUCAUUGGUACAGCAUUUUUGGAAGAGAUUCUCGACAGAAUACCUUUCUCAUAAUUAUAGGAAAGUUAUACAAAUGGCAACACCCAACAAGAAACAUUCGCAUUGGUGACCUUGUGGUCAUUAAAGAAGAUGCUCCCAUACGCAACCGAUGGCCAUUGGCCAAAGUAUUGAACGUUCAUCCAGGCAAGGAUGGUUUAGUGCGAGUGGCUCAGAUCAAGACGGCCGAUGGAACCUACACUCGUCCCAUUACCAAGCUCGCGGUAAUACUACCGAUUGACGAACAAUGAGUAACUGUUGAACAAUGGCAAUGUACCUAAGACCAUCCGGUCUUGGCCGGCGGUAUGUUGAUGUGUACAAGCUAGGUGUUUAAUUAAUUAAUGUUAUGCAAUAUUUACUAGGUUCAUAGUUUAAUGAGUUUGUGGUAAAUGUGUUGUUUUGUUCAAUUUUCUUUGUUGUGCGCAGGGCCCCUUGCUCUGGCCCUGCCCCCUUUGUUUUUGUAUUUGCCAUCACCCACCAUCUUCCUCAGUUGUUGUUGUUAUUUGUCUAAACUCACUAAGAAUUGUUGCAAAGGGUCAAGUCAACUUGUACUCUAGGAUAAGUAGGAGCCUGUCUCCCAACAAUAGCUAACUCUCAAACUAAACUAGCCUGUCUAGUUCUUAGUCUAUACAAGAAAGAGCUCAACAUGGCUUCAGACUAGUGUGAAAGCCUUCUGGAACAACGCAAUAGAGAGCUAAGCUGAUGUACAUAGAUAGAAAAUAGAUGAGAGAAAGAAAAAAGGGGAUUCCCCAGUUUCUGG